CAGCAGUCGACCCGCGCAUGGACCCGCGCGCUCGGUGGCUUCCUCCCAUGUUGUGUGCAGAUGUAGCAGGACACUCAGAUUCAGACGCUGCAGCCAGAGGACAGACAGUCCAGUACCAGGACCGGGACCAGGACCAGGACCAGGACAAGGACAGGUUGACACAGCUGCUGACCACGUCACAGGUCCACAUAGCGCGGAUGGUUGGAGUUGGAGUCAGAAGAGCAAAGUGCGCACAGGAAGUCGCUUCUGUUCUUCUGCACAACUUUGUCCUCCAUGGUCUCCGACGCACGCCAUAAUGCAGCGGUGUUACGGCAAAGUCCCGGGUCGGAUGCGGGUCUCGCCUGUCGGCAUUGUGUUGUGUGUCUUUCUAUCGUUAUGUCCCGCACCUGUAUCGUCUCACCCGCAGUGUCUGGACUACAAGCCGCCCUUCAGACCGCUGCAGGAGCUGCAGUUUUGCAUCAUGUACAAGGAGUUUGGCUGCUGUGAUUACCAGAAGGACCAGGAGCUGAUGACUAAGUACUACCAGAUUAUGGAUCAUUUUGAUUAUUAUGGAUAUGCCAACUGUGCUGGGUCCGUCCUGGAGCUGCUCUGCCAGGAAUGCUCUCCAUAUGCAGCUCACCUCUUUGAUGCUGAGAAUCCGAGCACCAGGACCAGGACCAUCCCUGGCCUCUGUCCUGACUACUGCUCCCAGUUCUGGAAGAAGUGCAGCUCCACCAUCCCUUACCUGUCUGAUGACCCUCACAUAGCCAAAGUGAAAGAAGACCAGACACGUCUCUGCCAGUAUCUGGAGCUAGACGACGUGGACUACUGCUACCCGCACCUCCUCAGCAACCAGAAGCUCACCCAGAAUUUGGGCCGGGUCCAGUCAGACACGGACGGCUGUCUGCAGCUGUGCCUGGAAGAAGUCGCGAACGGGCUGCGGAACCCGCUAGCCAUGGUGCACGCCAACGAUGGCACGCAUCGGUUCUUCGUGGCAGAACAGGUGGGCUUGGUGUGGACGUACCUUCCCGACCGGUCCAAACUGGAGAAGCCGUUUUUGAAUAUUACCAAGGCGGUGUUAACGUCAUCAUGGGAAGGUGACGAGAGAGGCUUUCUCGGACUCACUUUUCACCCCAUGCACAAGUUCAAUGGGAAGCUGUAUGUGUAUUACUCAGUGGAGGUGGGUUUUGACGAGAGGAUCAGGAUCAGUGAGUUCCACGUGUCAGCCAAUGACAUGAAUGUAGUGGAUCAUGCCUCUGAGCGAGUUAUUCUGGAGAUCGAUGAGCCAGCAUCCAACCACAACGGAGGGCAACUUCUAUUUGCAGAUGAUGGCUACUUAUACAUUUUCACAGGGGAUGGUGGGAUGGCAGGAGACCCUUUCGGGAAAUAUGGGAAUGCCCAGAACAAGUCAGCCCUGUUGGGUAAAGUUCUCCGCAUUGAUGUGAAUGAGAAUGAGAGAGGCCCGUUGUACAGAAUUCCUCCAGAUAACCCCUUCAUACACGAGCGGGGGGCUCGACCUGAGGUUUAUGCUUACGGUGUCCGCAAUAUGUGGAGGUGUUCUGUGGACCGCGGCGACCCCCGGACCAAAGAGGGCAAAGGGCGCGUCUUCUGCGGGGACGUGGGCCAGAACAAGUUCGAAGAGAUCGACAUCAUCGAGAAAGGUCGAAACUACGGCUGGAGAGCCAAAGAGGGCUUCUCCUGCUACGAUAAGAAGCUGUGUGCCAACAGCUCACUAGAUGAUGUCCUCCCUAUUUAUGCGUACCCUCACAAGAUGGGCAAGUCAGUGACUGGUGGCUACGUGUACCGAGGCUGCGAAUAUCCCAACAUAAACGGCAUGUACAUAUUUGGAGACUUCAUGAGCGGGCGUUUGAUGAGUCUGAGGGAGGACAGAAACACAGGGAAAUGGAAAUACAAUGAGAUCUGUAUGGGGAUGGGCCUGACCUGUGCCUUCCCUGGACUCAUCAACAACUACCACCAGUACAUCAUCUCCUUUGCAGAGGAUGAAGCUGGCGAGCUGUACUUCAUGUCGACUGGAAUACCGAGCGCUACGUCACCUUCAGGAGUCAUUUAUAAAGUGGUGGACCCCUCGAGACGUGCUCCGCCGAGACACUGUCACUAUGACCCUCUUCCUGUCAGAGUGAAGAGUAACCUCAUCAAGUUUGUUCCCCAGGAAACAUUAAUCGGCGUUGAGGAACGAAACAAAAUCCAGCCUGAGCCGCAACCCACAGAGUCCUACGACUGGCUCCAAGAGCUCAUCGACCGUCUAGGAGUACCGGACCCGACCACCCCUUCGCCAACCACGACUACCACCAAGUCGCCCAGACACACGAGGCGGAAAGGCAGACGCAGGAAGGGCAAAUCCAGAACGGAGAGUGCGCCCGAGCUCCAGAAUGGAGCGGUGAGGCUGGUCGGGGAUGAACAAGGCCGCAGCGACCGUGGACGGGUGGAGGUCUAUAUCAACGGGGACUGGGGCACGGUGUGCGACGACCUGUGGACCACCAAGAACGCUGCGGUGGUUUGCCGGCAGCUGGGCUUCAGGCAUGCUCUGAAGGCGGCCAAGAACUCGGAGUUUGGGGAGGGGAAGGAUCUGCAGAUUCUUCUGGAUGAUGUUCAGUGUGAAGGGACCGAGGCCAGUCUGCUGGACUGCCAACACCCCGGCGUGGGGACACAUAAUUGUGCCCAUUACGAAGACGCUGGGGCGAUCUGUGGCAACUCGGACUACGUUGUAGAAGUCUAAAUGUUUGACUAUCACUAAAUCAGAACUAAUUGUCUUAAAAAUCCCCCCCCCACAUAACUUUGUGCCAUAUUUCCAGCAGGUACAAUGGAGUUAAAUAGCAUAAAUGGGCUCUAACAUUGCUGUAUUUUGUUGUCAGUCCAUCACAAUAAAAUAGGAAGAAGGGGGGGUUCUUGUAGAAUAACCACAAUGCAAUGCACUUUGAAUAAGGGGUAUGGCAGUAAUUGUUCUCAUAGAACUAACAGGUGAGUUUAGGGAAAUUGGGAGCACACAAUCCUUUCAUCAAAGCAUUCCAGAGGUUAUUUAUGAGAUAAGCUAACAUCUGGAACGCAUAGAUGAUAUCUAACACUUUAACCAGAUCCAAGGGGUGGGGUUUUCCUUCAGUAAUGAUUUACUUGUCACUAGUGGCACAGAGGUAAAUGUUUAUAGAAGAGUUUAUUUAGAUUUGAAUCAGACUUGAAUGUUUAAUUUGAAUGUAUAUAAUAUAUAUUACGUCUUUGCCUUCACAAAUUUGACAUUUAGGGUCUGAAUGUCAUAUUUCCUAGUAAAUGUUCAAUGCCCACUGAGUGAAUAUAAUUUUAGUAAAGGAUUUUAAUAAAAGCCUUCUAGUCUGUA